UUCUGAAUGAUAUUUGUAUAUCUUGUCAAUACAUGCUCAUAAAAGGCGUUCAUGUGCGUCCUGGGAGGUUCAAGUUAAACGCCUAUCUGGGUUGGUAUUCAGUCGUGUUAGUUGGGUCGCUUCGGUUCUCCUUAUGGUCAGAUUAUAUUAGCCACUCUUUUGUUUUAGGAUCUGACUGCUUAACAAAUGCAUACAGUUUGCAUGUCUGUAGUGUUUUAGGGAAUUGUCCUGCUCGUUUCAGCCAUCAAGGAACGUUUUAUUCCCACUAUAUGUUGUUUAGUUUGGGUUAAGAUGUAUUGAUGGAUGUAAACUAUGUGUGCAGUGGUGGAAGAAGUAUUCAGCAUCUGGGCAAAUAAUCUCUCCUGUGUUCUCCCUGCACAUCUCGGGAACCGCUCAUCCUAACUACUUGAUUCUUGCUUCACCCAGUGAGUCCAUGGCUGACCUGCAUGAGUCUAUCGAUCUCAGGUCUCCUCCAGUGGACCCGUCAGCAGCUGCAGGACACAGCUGGUUCCCUGGACCCCCUCCACCCAUGUAUUCCUGCACCCUGACCCCUGAGCUGGUGCACAAAGCCCGGGAGGAGCUCCAGGAGAAGCCAGAGUGGCGUCUGCGAGAUGUCCAAGCACUAAGAGACAUGAUAAUUAAGGAACAGCCCAACCUCAGGACCCGCCUCGACGACACCUUUCUCCUACGCUUCCUGCGGGCCAGGAAGUUUGACUAUGACCGAGCUCUGCAGCUGCUGCUCAACUACCACGCAGGCCGCAAGGCUUGGCCAGAGGUCUUCCAGGACCUGAAGCCAUCCACGGUGAAACACGUCCUGGACCUGGGCUUCCUCACAGUUCUGCCCCAGCCCGACCCCAACGGGCGAUACAUCCUCUUUCUCCGACCAGGAAAAUGGAAACCAAAUGAUUAUCCGUUUGUGGACAAUGUGAGGGCCAUUUAUCUGACUCUGGAGAAGCUGAUCCAGCCGGAGGAGACGCAGGUGAACGGUAUUGUCAUCUUAGCCGACUACAGCGGAGUGGGCAUGUCCCAAGCGUCCAAUCCGGGCCCGUUCCUCGCCAAAAAAGUUGUGAGCAUCCUCCAGGAUGGGUUUCCAAUCAGAAUCAAGGCUGUGAACAUAAUAAAUGAGCCCAGGAUUUUCAAAGGCAUCUUUGCUAUUAUUAAGCCUUUUCUGAAGGAGAAGAUGGCAGAGAGGUACGUCCUCCACGGCUCGGACCUGCGCUCUCUGCACCAGAACAUCCCGCGGUCGGUUCUGCCAGACGAGUAUGGCGGCACCGCGGGCCAACUGGACUUGUCUGCGUGGCUGAGAGUGCUGCUGGACUGCGAGGAGGAAUUCAUAGUGGAGUUCUGCCAGCCUGAUCCACUAGAGGGGGUGGUGCUGCCAGACUCCAUGCUUUUUGAAGGAGAGCAGGCCAGCAGGCAGGACGACGACACCUUCAGGGGGCUGCGCUCGCAACUUUACUCCUGUUACUGAUGCAGGCUGUGUAAAUGCAUACACUCGCAUCACUGGGAGGACAUUUUCUGUUUCAUUUGAAACAAGUGUGUCGACUUUUACAGGGCAAGUUGCCAAUAGUAUACAUGAUUUAUUUUACUAACGAAGCAACACUUCUAUAGGUGUAUAGUCUAUUGUAGUUCCCAUGUAGCCCAGAAUUAGACCAUAUUUCCAAGGCAGCUGCAGGUUCCGGCAAAGAGGUCUUUGGGAUGAGCCCAUACAUGUUUGGUCCUUUUGGUUGGCUCUCCUGUGAAAUUAUUUAUGGUACUUAAAGGAUAGGGUCACAUGUUUUAUUAUCCAUCGCCCAUAUGUACUUUGAAGCGGGCUUUGCCUGAAGAUAUCCGUCCUCUUGUUCAUACUUGAACAAAUUAUAGGGUUUAAAUUUCCCGCUUUGCGUUGUGGCAGUUUUUCUGAUACUACUUGAUCCGUCUAACUGAGGCAGCUGAAGCCUCAUAUCAGCUUCAGCUGAACUUUGAAAUGGAUUUAAAAGCAGAACCAGGACUGUGGAUUUGUCCCCCAGCAUGCCAGGGAGGGAUAUCCUAAUGGUAUGAACAGGAGGUAUGAUUAACACAAUUAACACCUGUGCUUAUAUGAGCACUGUUUUAAGACGGACAUGGAAAAUGUGAACCGUGCUUAAAUAUUUGUUCGCGAAGGAAGAAUUCCUCCAUCUAGCAGUUAGUUGGGUAUCUGCAUUUAGUCAUUAAUGCUCUGUUUGCACGGUUACAUCACCCCACAACCUAACGCAACAUGUUUUGAGUAUGUAACCGUCUAAUACAUUGCCUUGAACUGGAUUUCUCUAUGCAUCAAAAGAUACGUCGGAUUUGUGUGUACCAAAGCAAUAUUUAUGUGUAUUCUCAUCAGGGCCUGUGUUACAGAAGUGGAUAUAUAGAUUGCUGCUUUGACUAUGAGAAGGAAUUAUACAUUAGAUUUGAAAUGUUUUUGCUCAAUAUUUAACUCUUGCACAGUAUUGUAGGGCCUUUGUUUUUUUUAUCACAUAUUCUGCCUUUAUGAUGUUUUUACAAAAAACUUUUUUGUACCUGUUUGCUUGUGUUUUAUCACUCAGUCUUAUCACAAGGCCAUCACUGAUCCCGGGAGAAGUUGAACCGUUAGUCCUGAUUCUAUGGACAUCUGCUUUGCCAAAUUUCCCAUCAGGCCAUGUACAGAAAUGUGCAAUAUUGUUAGCUAUGUUUUCUUUCCGGUAGCCCAAAGCUAAUUUAAAUAGUUGUUUGUUUCGGCAUGUCUGUGACUAUAAGCACAUUGUUUUUGCAGGAUAUUUAUUGUUAGUAGUGAAGACAGUAAAGAAAAACUAAAAUGGAGAAAGUGCUAUU